UGGGACCUCUUGCUUUUUUACCAAGAGCAAGAGAGUUGCCUCAAGGAGAUGACUAGUUUAAAGCAUCUGUUCGUGACGACGUUCAUCGAAAGCGUGUCGGGGUUCAUGGUGAUUCCGAGUAUUACAGACCUAACCAUGGCGGCUCUGUGUCCUGGACAAGAUCAUUGCUCUCUCGCCAUUUAUCUCUCUGCCCUCCAGCAGUUGAUUACAGGGCUUGGAGCAGUGGUGAUGACACCAAUAAUCGGGAAUUUAUCAGACAGAUAUGGAAGAAAAACAAUGCUGACUCUUCCUAUGGCAGUUUCAAUCAUACCACUAGCCAUAAUGGCAUAUAGAAGAACCACCAACUUCUUCUAUGCAUUCUACAUCACGAGGACUCUCACAGGCAUGGUUUCAGAAGGCACUACACUUUCACUUGCUCUUGCUUAUGUGACGGACAAAACUUCAGAGGAUCAAAGGAUUUCAGCGUUUGGAAUUCUAUCUGGGGUCAAAUCUGUAGGUUAUGUAUGCGGAACCCUUGCAGCUAGGCUCCUUUCAACUGCUGCAGUGUUUCAGGUGGCUGCUUUCAUGUCAAUUCUUGGACUAGUGUACAUGAGAGCUUUCCUCAAGGAAAGUAUUCCAGAUAGAAACGAGUUAACCCAGCCGAUCAUCGAGGAAAACAUAGGUGGUGAUGAUGAGAAUGGUCCAGAAUUGUUAACAAGAAAUCAGUUAUUUACAAAGAUAUCUCCAGUAGCAGAUGUUAUCUGCUUAAUCAGGAGUAGCACAACAUUUUCACAAGUAGCAAGCGUUUCCUUCUUCAAUAGUCUGGCAGAGAAGGGGAUGCAAGCAUCACUAAUGUAUUUCUUGAAGGCCCGUUUUCACUUCGACAAAAACCAGUUUGCUGACUUGAUGAUGAUUGAUGGGGUUGCCGGAGCCACUUCACAGGUAUCCUUCACUAAUGGGAACAGCUAUAAUCCUUACUAUCUUUUGCAAGAUUCAUUAUGGCCCUUACUCUUUCAAAUUUGUGCCAUUUUGCAGCUUCUUUUGAUGCCCCUUCUGGCACCAGCUAUUAGACAGGAGAAGUUGCUUUCAAUAGGGCUGCUGGCGAGCUUUACAAGUGUUCCUUAUGCUUCAAGAGUACUUUCAAUUUUUACUGUUAUCAUCAGUCCAAUUAUAUUCAACAUUGCAUCUAAGCAAGUUGGACCAAGUGAGCAGGGAAAGGCCCAAGGAUGCAUCUCAGGCAUUAAUUCCCUUGCCAACAUUGUAUCUCCAUUAACAUUCAGCCCCUUGAUAGCUCUUUUCCUCUCCAAGGAUGCACCAUUUGACUUCCCUGGCUUCAGUAUUAUGUGCAUUGGGCUAACUUCGCUGGUUGGCUUCACUCUAAGCCUAAUGAUCCGUGUUGAUCCCUUAAUAUCCAGUCAGAAAACCAACGACUUGGUGUAGGCCUACUUGUCCAGGACACCAUGACACAAGGAUUUAGGAAAUCUCAUUUGACACCAGAAGGAGUAGAUACAUUUUUAUGAACUUAUUGGUACAUACUUUGAUCUUGAACCAACACAAGAUUACAGAUACCCUUGUAUAUUAGUGCCUUUUAAGAAAACUCAAAGCAGCUACUACAGAAAGUGCAUUGUAAAUCUAUAUUGAUAUUCAAUAGUUUUCACAACCCCCAAGGAAAACCUGAUUCAAUUUUGUACA